AUGUCUUUGAAGUGCGAUGCAGGUGAGCUUACUGCCAUCGUUGGUCUUUCUGGCAGUGGCAAGUCAACUAUCGCAAGCUUGAUCACCAGAUUCUACGAUCCGCAAAGUGGAGCUGUCUUCCUGGACGGCAAAAACCUAAAAGAUAUAAAUAUCAGGAAUCUACGAGGAUUCAUCAGUCUUGUUCAGCAAGAGCCUUCCCUCCUUGAUCGAUCUAUUUUGGAAAACAUUGCUCUAGGUCUAGUAAAUUCCCCACCGCAUGCACAUCUAGAGAAAGUUUUACUGAGUGGGGUUCUUUCCCAAGUGGCUGAAGACGUGCGGGGAGGAGAAGACCUCCUCAAAGCAGCAGAGAAAACAACCCCAGAGGUUGUUGAGAUUGUUCGAUUGGUUCAGCAUGCGGCAGACCUCGCAGAUGUUGCUAUCUUCAUAGGCCGCUUAGAAUUUGGGUUCGCGACUUUAGUUGGUUCAAGCGGAAGUCUGGUGAGUAAAGUCCUGUUUAUUUCUUUUUGGAAUUCGGUAUUCUCUCGAGAGUAA